UUCGUAUCUGGCUCACACAAACCAAACCCAAUUUUAAUUUUAUAUAUAUUUCCCAACUGGUUCGCACUUGGCCCUUUUCGCGUCGACCCCAACUGCAAAAAAUCACAAUAACCCCAACACUACAAAUAUAUAUAUAUAUAUGUAAAUCAUGGAUUACCUCGAAAUAUCUGAUCAUCGAUUUAUAACUGUCAAUGCAUUCCAAAUAGCUAAUUAUACUUACAGAAAUAUAUAUAUAUAAAACAAUUAAUGUCUUCUUCUAGUUCUUACCGUGGCGUAAGGCGGCGGAAGAGCAGCGGGAAAUGGGUGUCGGAAAUUCGGGAACCUCGUACUCCGAACAGGAUAUGGCUCGGGACAUUUCCCACAGCAGAAAUGGCGGCGAUCGCCCACGACGUGGCGGCGCUAGCCCUUAAGGGGAAAGAAGCCGACCUCAACUUCCCGGAUUCAGCUUCUUCUUUGCCUGUGCCGGCUUCCACUUCCCCGCGCGACAUUCAGACCGCGGCCGCCGGUGCUGCCGCGGCGGCGGGAGCAGCGAUGAACGCCAACAUUAUUGGGGGAGGGGAUUUUAAGACAUCGUCUGGAAUUCCCAUUUCGGAGGCGCCUCAAACUAGUGAGUUUAUUGACGAGGAUUUGAUCUUCGAUUUGCCUAAUGUUCUGGCUAAUAUGGCGGAGGGUAUGAUGAUCAGCCCACCUAGGAUUGAAUUUGGCGACGACAAUUAUGAUGUUAAUGAUCAUGGUACUAGUAAUGAUAUCUGGCUUUGA